AUGGUCGACGCAUACGGCGAAUUUCGCGGUAAUCGAGAUGUGCUCGCCAUUGGUGCGGGGCAGGAUAUCAUGGUUAGUAAAGGGCAGGGUUAGCGUGGAACCUUCUAGUGGAGAUUCGAGAAUCGUGAGGAGAGGGGUGGAAGGGAUGACGUUACGGGGUUACAUUUGUUGAGGCCGCAUGAGAAGUUUGGGGAUAAGGAUGUGGAAGUCGCGCUCGUCGGCAGGGCCAAUGGCAUGUUGGAAAUGCUAGAGUUGGAUACGUGGGGUAGAGGGGAGGUUCUCGUUGGGACGAUAUUGAACAAUUCUUCGUUGAGCAUUUACAACAUUCGGCAGCCAGAUAGUGUGGGGGAGCCAGCGAGGGUGGUUCGCGAGGCAUCUGAGGUGCGGUUUGUUCAUGAGCAGCGGUGGGAAAUUUCUUUCCUGGACCAUACGAAGGUUGUGGUGGGAAAGGCUUCUACUAAACCAAUUGCUACUCAUGCGAUUGCACCCUCGGGCCUUACGCGGGGGCCAGUGGGGGGGUUUUCAGCAAAGGAUUGCGCAGACAUGCAGAGUGCUUCUGUCUACGUCGUCGAGCCCCUGCCCAAGGGUUCUGCGGGUGCGAGUGCUAAUGGGGAUGUAUUCCUCAGUGGGUGCUCGGAUGGAAUAG